AUGUUCGCCAAGCAACUCGUCUCGACCAGUCUGCGGGCUCUGAAAGCCAGCUCCCCCUCUGCCGCCCGCCCGGUUGCCGCCGGGCUGAAGACGCUCUCGGCCCGCUCCCUCGGAACGACCGCCGUCCGCUCGAUCGCCUCCUCCGCCUUGCGUCUCGAGGAAGAGCCCAGCCCCGCCCAGCCUGCGGCCGCCGCCCAAUCCGCCUCUCCCCUCGCCACCGCUGACCUCCCCGCCGUCUACCUCAGCAAUCUCUCCUUCGCGGUCACCGAGGAGGCCUUGACCGACUUCAUCAAACAGUAUUCCCCCGUCAAGAAGGUCGACGUCGUCCGUAACAGUGAUGGUGCUAUCAGAGGCUUCGGAUUCGCCAAAUAUGCUACCGUAGCCGAAGCUGAGGCUGCCGUGGCCGCGAUCAACGGACUGGACUUCCUGGGCCGGCAGAUCGUGGCGGCGAUCUCGCAGCGGCGCCCGAUGAUUUCGGAUGCCUCGAACCAACUGUUCAUGUCAGGCUUCCCGACGCAGGGAGAGGCGGAUGAGGCGAGUCUGCGUCUGGCCCUGCACGAGACGCUGGGGGUCCAGCCGCGCUCGAUUCGGCUGCACAAGUUCCCCGGCGGGUUCUUAAAGGGUACCGGCCACCUGGAGUUCGAGGACGUGGCGACGCUCGAGAAGGUGCUCGUCAAGCUCCAGGAGCUCGGCGCCGACCAGCCCAUCGUCGUCAAUGGCCACCCCAUUACCCUCGUCAAGGCCCGCCCCCUCUUGCAGCCCCGCUCUCGCUCCGGACCUGGCACCGGCGCCCCCGGCCGUGGCGGGUUCGGCGCCAUGCGUGGCGGCCGCCCCGGCUACGGGGCUGCUGGCUACGCCGGCGCCGGAUACGGCGGCUACCCCGCUGGCCCCGCCGAAGGCGGAUACCCGGGCCAGAUGGGCGGCUACCAGAACCAACCCGGCUAUGACAACGCCUACUACCCUCCCCCUCCUCAAGGUCCCCCAGGCUCUGGCGGAUACGGUGACGGCUACGGCUCGCAGGGCGAAGGCGGACAAGGCGGCGGAAACCAGCAAUACUGA